AUGGCAGCUCCUGUCCUGCCUUUGCCGCAGGUGAAGCUCGCCUCGUUACCUUCAACCCGCCUCACACCCGAACAGCAAUACUGGCGAACCUUCAAAGACCCUCUCCUCGUCCCCUCUCCAGCCAAUGGACCAAUCAACCUCAUCACACAGCCAUCUGCGCCGUCAUCUUCCUCCGUCUUCCCGUCUUUGACCCAACCACCAGAUAUCUUCACUGUUACAACCGGUGCUCGAGUCCAGAUCUACUCUAUUCGCACCCGGAAGCUCCUCCGCACAAUCACCCGAUUCGAAGAUACAGUAAGAGGCACAGAUGUCCGUCCCGAUGGCCGAGUGCUAGUGACUGGUGACGAUACAGGCACAGUCCAAGUAUUCGACUGCAAUUCUCGCGCGAUCCUAAAGACAUGGCGAGACCACAAGCAGCCCGUCUGGGUGAGCAAGUUCUCACCCGGUGAUCCUACAGCUCUGUUCACCACGAGCGAUGACCGCACAGUCCGCUUAUGGGACCUUCCCGCCGAGUCCAGCACCCGCACCUUCGUCGGCCAUUCUGAUUAUGUGCGUAGCGGUGCCUUCAUGCCUGGUGCCAUGGCAUCCUCUGGCCUGCUGGUGUCUGGCUCUUACGACCGUACCGUACGUAUCUGGGAUCCUCGUGUUGAGAGCCGCGCUGCUAUGACUUUCAAAAUGGCGGCUCCUAUCGAAAGUGUUCUACCCAUGCCGGCUGGUACGACUGUCCUCGCUGCGGCCGACAAUAAGAUUGCAGUGCUGGACAUCGUUGCUGGAAAGCCCCUUCACAUGAUCCAAAGCCAUCAGAAGACCGUCACCUCGCUUGCGCUCGCAUCAGAUGGCCAGCGGCUGGUUAGUGGUGCCUUGGAUGGACACCUCAAGGUCUUCGAGACCACGGGCUGGAAUACCGUAUCUGGCUCUAAGUACCCGUCACCUAUUCUGUCGCUGCGCGUUAUUAUUUCUGGUCUGGCAUACGAGGAUAAGCACAUUGCCGUGGGUAUGCAAUCGGGACUCUUGUCCGUCAAGACUCGUCUUUCCGGACAGCAGAAGGUCAAGGAGCGCGAGCGCCGCAAGGAAAUGCAGGCUCUGCUCGAAGGUAAAUUGGAAGAGCACGACCGUGCAGUAGCUAAGAAGAAGAAGCUCCGAGGGUCCGGCUGGGAGAAGCGACUCCGUGGACGGGACUUCAUCGGCGAGGGAGUCGACAUCGUGAUCGACGGCCAAGAGCGCAGGAAGGCGAAAUCAGAACAGGCCUGGGAAUACGAUCUCCGCAAGGGUGCCUAUGCGGUCGCGCUGGACAAGGUUCUCUCUGGGACCGAUAAAACUGCCCAACUCACGCUUUUAACCGCUCUACGUCAUCGCUCUGCGCUUCGCACGGCUCUCCAAGACCGUGACGAGACUGCUCUCCAGCCUGUGCUGCAAUGGGUGUAUAAACACAUUCGCGAGCCACGGCUUGUGAACAUAAGUGUUGAAAUUGCGAUGAAUAUCCUCGACAUCUAUUCUGGAAACCUGGGCCAGUCGGCUCAGAUCGAUAAACUGGUCGAGCGGCUGCAUACUCGUGUCCGCGACGAGGUUGAGCUUUCCCACCAAGCCUAUCAGCUAAAAGGGGUGCUCGAUAUGUUGAAGGCAUAG